AUGGAGCAACCAGACUAUAUACUCGAUAACGAAGGCGAGAUACUCAUCGGUUUGAUGUAUCCCAAUCAGCCCUUCGUUUCCUUUGAGCCAGGAGUAGCGCGUGAGGCCGGCUCCCAGGUCGUGGAUUCCGAGCUAUUGCAACGAUGGAUAGCAAUGGCCACAGAUGCAGGAAUCAUGGAAGAGAAGUAUAAGAAGCUCUCGGUACUUCCACUUAUCGUUCAAUCUGAUGACCAAGUCGAGGCGAGUGAGCCGGAGAGUGGCAUCUGGGGAAUCGGCGGGCCACCUGUUGAUAUUCUUCCGAGCUCACUGCUGACGGAAGAGGAGCGACGAGCGCGUACACGUGUCAGGGAAGAGAUCGAGAAAAAGAUCCAGGCUAGAAACGAUGGGAAUGAGAGUGAGAGUGAGACCGAGGUCGUGGUUACCUUCCAAGCAUCGGCGAAGCAUCUUAUGGCCGCGUCGCCAUACUUUAAGGCCCUUCUCUCCACCGGCAUGGAAGAGAGCGUUGAAUUCCAGGCGGAUGGAACAGUGCUGACGACAGCAGAAUGUUGGGACGAAUGCGCGCUUCUUUACGUCCUGAAAAUCAUCCACUGCAAAAGUCAUGAACUUCCUGACAAAGUUGACCUAGAUAUGCUUGGCAAGGUCUGCGUCGUCGCUGAUUAUUACGAUGUCAGUGAUGCAGUACGCUUCGCCGCACGGCCGUGGAUUGCGAAGCUCAACCCUUAUGGGCCCGAGGACGGCUAUCGCGACGCUGUGAUCUGGCUCUGGAUCAGCAUAUUCUUCCGAAUGCCGGGUGUCUUCAAGGCAGCGAGCUUGACUUUGAUCAAGGAAGGAAGAGCACACAUGCCACCUCUGGGUCUUCCGAUUCCGGCACGUAUCGUGGAAGAAAUCAACGCCCGCCGAAUCAAGGCCAUUGAAGGAUUGAUGGGCCACGUCUAUCGCGUGCAAGAAGAAUAUUUGACCGGGAAGAGAGGUUGCUCAUUUGAAUGCAGUUCCAUGCUGUAUGGGGCCCUUACGAAGAACCUCAACACACACAACCUGGCCAAGUCGGACUUCAAGGCACCCUUCCUGUAUCACAACUACACGUCUCUUGUGAACAUCAUUGAUCGGUUCAGGCAGCCAAGAUGGUACGAUCCCAGAAGUUCGAAGUACCUGUGCUGGCAGUACCUCGAGCACGAAUGCCAUGAUGCCCACUUUUGGGAACUUCGAAUGGGAAGGUUCCUUGAUGAAGAUGGAAUGGAACUGAAGGAUUUUAUUAAGACGAACUGA